AUGACUCUUAUUGCACUCCAUAGAACUUUGCUUCAUGAACAUUAUAACUUCUUUUUGGCUUCGCAAUAUCCUUCCGCAAGCCCUGCUCUAAGACGUCUUGCGUCGAAGUACGCUAUGCCCGCUAGAAUGUGGCGUUAUGGAAUCCACUCGUUUCUUGAGCUAUUAAGGCAUCGUCUACCGGCAUCUUUAGAUCAUAUGCUAGCAUUCAUCUAUCUAGCUUACUCGAUGAUGGCGCUAUUAUAUGAAACAGUCCCGGCAUUCGAGGAUACAUGUGUACAGGGCCUGAGGCAUCUGAAUGCUUAG